GCCUAUAAUGUCCACCCGCCUAUAAAUUCUCCACAAUUUCGUAUCCUCAGGUCAAUUGCCUUUGGCAUUUCAUAUUUCGUGAUCCCAUCAGCUGAAAACUAUCCAAACACAACUUUUGUGUUGGGCAAACUAGCAUCAACACCAUAUCUAUUAACUGCAGAGAUCGACCAUGGAAACGACUGGUAAUACUAAAAGCCAUUUUAGUCCAGAUCAGAAGCGGCGGUUGCUGGGGGAAAAAGCAGCUGUGUUCUUAUUUGGUGGAACUCUGUUUCUUGCGGUUUAUUUAGGAAUAACGGGGACUCCCCUUUUCUGCAAUUCUAGGCAGCAGAGUGGCUUAAGCUCACAGGUUCAAGCCUUCUCGACAGAAGGUUCAUACUCAGUUGAGACGGUGCUCCAGCUCAACGCCGCCAUUGUCCACUAUGCCACAUAUCCCCAAGUCCCGUUACUAUCACGGGACGAGAUCCAAGUUGCCGUUGACGUCCUCAAAGCUAAGUCUCCAUGCAACUUCCUCAUCUUCGGACUCGGCCACGAUUCCCUCAUGUGGGCUUCACUCAACCCUGGUGGAACCACGUUAUUCCUAGAAGAAGAGCCCAAGUGGGUCGACAAAAUUCUCAAGGACGCACCGCAUCUUCGUGCCCAAGUGAUCAAGUACCGGACUAAAGUCUCCGAGGCGGAUGAUCUCCUCAAAGAGUACCCGAACCAACCGGAAUGUUCCGCCCAGAAAGCUUUCCUCCGCGGAAAUGAGAGGUGCAAGUUGGCGCUGCACAUUUUACCGGAGGAAGUUUACAACCAGGAUUGGGACCUGAUCUUGAUUGAUGGCCCGAUAGGGUUUUUUCCGGAGGCACCAGGGCGGAUGUCGGCCAUAUAUUCAGCGGCUGUUAUGGCAAGGAAUAGGAAGGGAUCGGGAGCGACGCAUGUGUUCGUGCACAAUGUGGAUCGAAAGGAGGAGAAAACUUAUACGGAAACGUUUUUGUGUAACAAAAAUCGCCUCAAGAUCGUUGGGAAGCUUGGGCAUUUCGAGAUACCGCCGGCCGCUGAUUCCAACCCACAUUUUUGCUAGAGUAUUGGUCCGUCUGAUGGUGUGCCUAAACUUAAUAUUACUGUACCGUGAACUUUUUACAAAAAUUGUUGUGUAUUAAAAAGUAUUUGGAGUAUUUAUAAAAUUCUGUCACCUUUUACGUUCCACCAA